AUGACGUGGCGGGAGCUACGCAGUCGGCAGUUCUGGUGUGCCACUCUUGCAGAGCUGCUCGGCACCCUGGUCUUAGUGAGCGCCAUACUGGGUGCCUCUGUGCCCGGCCCCGGAGAGGCCCCCCCGGGACCCCUGUACCCGGCAGUGGCAGUAGGAGUGUCGAUUGUUGCGCUGGGACACUGUUAUGGAGAAAUAAGCGGUGCACAGGUGAACCCUGCUCUGACUCUGGCUCUGUUGGCCACGCGGAGGCUGGAGGUUCUCAGGGCCGUUGUUUACAUCGCUGCACAGUGUUUGGGGGCCUUUUUAGGAGCCGGGGCCCUUUACCUGGCCCUGCCGGUCAAAACCACUGCAGACCACUUCGUCAACAGGGUUCCUAUAGAGGUGAAUGCGGCCCAGGCUCUGGGCAUCGAGGUUCUGUGCACCUUCCAGUUGGUCUUCACUGUGUUCUCAGUGGAGGAUCAGCGACGGAGGGAAAGCCCGGAACCAGGAAACCUGGCCAUUGGAUUAGCACACACUGCUGGAGUGCUAAUAGGGGCCCGAUUCUCCGGUGCUAGUAUGAACCCUGCACGUUCUCUGGGUCCAGCCAUCAUCACCGGCUUCUGGGAAAACCACUGGGUUUAUUGGAUCGGACCGGUGAUCGGUGCCAUACUGGGUGGAGUCUCCCAUGAGUUCCUCUUUGCACGUAGCGCCUCUCGCCACAAGCUGGUGGCAUGUCUGACCUGUAAGGACAUCGAGAUUGUGGAGACGGCCAGCAUGACGGGAUCAUCUCUGUCCACAGUCACACAGAACGCGAGAGCCAAACAGACCACCAAACAAGAAAACAACUGA